UAAUGAUCUACAACUUUGGUCAAUAUUAAGCUCUAUUCAUGAAUUAUUAAUGGAUAUUGAGUUGGGUGAAUCAAAUAUGGUACAUAGCUAUGAAAAUUCAAUAAUUAUCUUAUUUUCCGAGGAUGAUGCACAACUUUUCCGAGUAUUGGACCUAUGGAUACAGAUUGAGGACCAUAUCAAAUCUACAGAGUUAUAUCAGCAAACGACUCUCCAUGCUGUUCCCAAUGCCCAUUGGUUGUUUGCUUAUUUGGCGAAAUCUGUCGGCUUUUCGUCUUAUUUAUUCAUUGACUGGUUGGUAUCUCCUGAAACUACCUGUUUAUCUUACUUAGUUCACUACUUGAGAAGAUUGAGCACUGAUGAUGAGCUUAUUUGCAAUCCAAAUCAGUUCGUUAGAAGUGCAGUAAUAAUACAUUCUUGGCCAUUACAAUCGCUUAUAAACAUGUUAAGUCAAAUUUCGAAAAGUCUCAAAACCUUGAAUCAAUACAAAGGCAUCGCAUUUUGCCCUACGCCGCUUAUCAAUCGCAUUAAUCGUUCUUUGUCUGUUUUGAAUAACUUAUGCCAUGUUAUGACACAAUGUUAACUUACUACAAAUAUUAC